AUGGCAUCGUCUUCAGUAAAAAUUACACCCAACUACCAAGGUUUGGUCGAUCGAAAAACAACAUCAAACUAUGAAAAACUCCUCAUGGAUAUGGCAGCUCUUGGCAAUCUUCAUCCGAUUCGAUUCUUCAGUAUCAAGUAUCAAGUACUGCCGUGUGUUAUGACUGCAAAUAUCUGUGCAUAUCGCCAAAAUAAUAAUAUUACACCAGCUAUAGCUCAUACUACCAGUAUUAUCCAAUAUCUCAUCGAUCAGUACAAAGUAAAUCUGAACGACGCGAUAUCAAAUACGUACUAUAUUCAUGAGAAGAAAAUAUCCUACUAUACCGAUAUUUAUAUUGAUUUGGGGGAUUUUGUCUCCGUGUAUCUAUCCGGUGGUCACACAUAUGAAUCUGAACUCGACAAUCCACUCGAUCUCAAACCAGAUUUGGAUGAAAAAGUAUUUUUCUGUAUUAAUACCAUUACUGUUUAUCAUGUUCCUCAAACAGCUGAGCAAGCACGAACUAUCCUUGAUCAAUUAUGCAGAUUCAAACUAUUUCCUAUUACGGAGACAAGUCUACAAAUGGUUUGUUACAAUCCACAAUCGGGUUUUUAUACAUCGUCAAUCUUAAUUAAACGACCACUGAUUAAAUAUUUACGUUUGAAUUAUGGCGAUGGGUUUUUGGAAGUCCAUGAAAAACUCCUGAAACGGCUAUGCGAAGCUGAUUCGACCGGUAUCACUUUUUUACAUGGACCACCAGGAACUGGUAAAACUUAUUACAUUCGGUAUUUGAUUAAUGAAGUCAAAGAAAAAAGUCUGAUAUAUGUACCACCAGAUUUGGUGACAGAAAUGACAAAACCUGGAUUUCUACCAUUUCUAAUGCAAUAUCCAAAUUCGAUAUUGAUUAUCGAAGAUGCAGAAAAUAUUAUACUCAAUCGCAAAGAUAGUAUUAAUCCGAAUCAAGCCGUUAGCAACCUCUUGAAUCUUAGCGAUGGUCUAUUAGGUGAUGCAAUGCAUCAACAAAUUAUUACGACAUUUAAUUGUGAAAUCAAAGGCAUUGAUCCCGCUUUACUUCGCGAAGGACGUCUAUUGGUCGAACAUAAAUUCGAUAAAUUGUCGGCUGAAAAUGCCAGACGCUUGUCAACGGAAUUGGGAAUUGAUGGAGCUGAUCAAAUUCAAAGUUCGAUGAGUUUAUCGGAGAUCUACGCGAAAAAGACAUCUUCAAUAUAG